GAGAGAUAGUCCGAGAGAGAAAGAGAGAGAGAGAGAGAGAAAGAGAGAGAUGGAAUAGGUACGUCGAGGCUCGAAGCCAUCCCGUCACGGAGAAUGCUUCGGGACUUCGCGCGACCUCCUCGGUGCCGCGUCGGGACCACGGCCUCGGCUAUACGUCGUUCUCUGGCGAUGUUCGACUUUUGAACAGCUGCGGAGGAGAUGGGCACAGGAGACAGAUUACUUGACAUACUGUGUGAUGUAUGCGGUGACCGUAGUUCUGGAAAACACUACGGCAUCUACAGCUGCGACGGUUGCUCGGGGUUUUUCAAGCGAAGUAUACACAGUAAUCGGGAGUACAUUUGCAAAGCCCAGGGUGCAAAGAAAGGACGUUGCCCAAUCGACAAGACUCACAGGAAUCAAUGUCGUGCUUGUCGUCUCGCUAAGUGUUUCGAAGCUAAUAUGAACAAAGACGCAGUGCAACAUGAGCGCGGACCGAGGAAACCGAAACCCCACGCGAUUAUCUCGUCGGAGAAGCAGCAUCAGCAACAGUCGCCGAUUGUCACGCAGUUGUCUCCUCAUUCUGCGGCUCCGGUGCACAAUGAUCGAUUAAGACCAGCACUCGCGCCUCCGUAUGUUCUCUCGCCACACAGAAGGUUAAGGUGCGACCAAAGAUUCACGCCUUACCCACGACCGAUGGCGCUGGUACAGAAACCGCCGGAGGAAUCACCGUCCCCCGUACCACUGAUCCUACCGCACCCUCGUACGACCACGACCCUCUAUCAAGCGGCCACGACCGUCUCCCUAGCGCCGCAGCCUCCCCUUCUACAGAUACUAAUGUCCGCCGAGGAAUGUCAGGAACUGGUUUGGAACGCGCGAUUGCAACCCGCGGCGGAAUAUCCGAUGGAGCAGAUAGAGACGGAGACGAGUCGAAGUCCGACAGGCACCGUACAGAGCUUCAGUCCGACCUGGGAGAUGCUACAGGAGACGACAGCCCGACUGCUGUUCAUGGCUGUCAGAUGGGUGCGUUGCCUGCCGCCUUUCCAAACGAUAUCAAAGGACGAUCAGCUGUUGCUGCUCGAACGGUCCUGGACGCAGCUGUUCCUCCUGCACUUGGCGCAAUGGUCCAUCUCCUGGGACAUCACCGCGCUGCUCGAGGACGAGCAAGUGCGCAGCAGACUACCCACGGACGACAAUCCGACGAAUCAGGAACUCGUCCUUAUUCAGGCUAUAAUAUGCCGAUUCAGGCAACUUUCCCCCGAUUUCGGCGAGUGCGGCUGUAUGAAGGCAGUGGCCUUGUUCACGCCAGAGACAGUGGGCCUGCACGCAAUCCAGCCCAUUGAAAUACUGCAGGAUCAAGCACAACGUAUUUUAGUGGAUUAUACGAGGUCACGGUAUCCGCAGCAGCCCGGUAGAAUCGGGAGGUUGAUGAUUCUAGUCGGAUAUCUAAGGUGUGUCUCUUCCAAAACCGUCGAACGUUUGUUCUUUCACGAAACCAUCGGGGAAAUACCAAUUUCACGCUUGCUAGUCGACAUGUAUCAAAUGGAAAAGUACAUCAACUGAAACGAAUUUUGCAUAUCGUACAUACGCUCUAUACACAUCGUAAAUAUCAGGACCACAACGAGUUCGCAGCUUUUCCAAACUCGUUCGACUCUCUCAUGUGUAGAAACGGCAGAAUAGAAUAAAAGAUUUCGAUAUCUAUAGUGAGCCCCCCCCCCUCCUACAAAUUUCCUUUCUUUGCUGAUUCGCCCUUACGAUCAUAUAGCGUUGAUAUUCAACGUGGAAAAUCGAAUGUGUUUACUAUUUAAUCAAAUCAUUAAACCAUUAGGAAAUGAGAUUUUUACACCAUUACUGUUAAAGAAAUAACGCUUUUUUUGUCGGUUAUUUUCAUAAAAAGUUAUUGUAAAGUGUCUGAUUUUUCCAUUGAUUGUGCUUGUUACUUGAAAUAUUUAAAUUAUUUUUACUUUAUUUUUGAUCAAAUAAAUAAGAUAAAAUUGAACUUUUUGUGAAAAUACAUUUGCAUUUAAUUGCUUCUAUUAAUAUUUUUAUUUGUAAUAAACAUGCUCGAGAGAAAAUUUAUGCACUUUUUUAUUACAUUACAUUAUUUUAUAAUGUAGUUUUAUAUUUGGGUAAAAAUACAAUGCCCAAAUAUAUUUAACAAAAUGUGAAAAAUAAUUAACACGUGCAUUAACACUACACUGGGCAUUCUACUCUUACAAAGGCCCUUAUACUGUUAUUCAGUAUUUACGCUAUCGCAUCUGUGAGUAAAUUGAAAGGUUACGUAAUUACUUAUACAUAUCGAACAGUUCGUUUUUCUUUUUUGUAUAGUCCAAAUAAAGAAGGACGUCAAAAUUAAAUUUUUACAUGGAGCAUUUACGGCAAUCCAUGUAUCCCGAUGAUUACAAAUUGUCGGAAGAAGUAAUAAACUUACAUAAGCUUUUUGUUGCAUAUUCGAGCUUCAGAUGUAGAUCCCAGAAAUCUUACACUCAAUAAAAAUGAACAUUUAUCUUCUGUAUUAUACUUGUUUUUGUAAAAUUGUAGUAACCUAUUAUUAUACUUCGUAUGUGUUAUUUGGGAUAUGAUAACUAUUUUCUAACCAUGCAUCUUUAAAAUAUUUCAUAGAAGUACUAGACGGAGUACAUAAUUGAAUGUAAAACCGUUUCGAAAAUUGUACUCGAGGAAAUAAUUGAGAGUCUAUAAUGUACCAUAUGUCCUCUCUGUGAUUCCCCUUGAGUAAAGAAUUAUUGUAUGAAUUCAAUUUGUUAAAUAAUAAUACUGCGUGAAAUAAAUAUCACAUAUGUAUUGCGUCAGCGUAAAGUUAAGUUAUAUAAUAAAAAUAACGUAGGCAAUGGAAGUAUUGCGACACAAUUAUGACAGUAAAAAAAAAAGUGUGGUAUACUAAUGUAAAAAGUGUGGUAUAAUAAUGGUGCUCUAAUUUUUUUAUAUGCUUUGGCAAAAAAUAAUGUUUAUUUAUAAGAUUUGUACGAAUAAAGUACAAAAUUCUUAUCACGAAUAACAACAAAAGCGGAUAAAAAAUGUAUUAUAAAAUGAAGUUGUACUCCAUAAUAUAAUUGUUAUAUUCACAUCAUUCUUUUGUUAGAAGAAUUAUUAAAUUUGUUAUUCACUUACAUAAAAGAUACGUUAUAGUAUACAGGAUAAGCUUUAUUCUGUAUUAGAAAUGUCUCGAUACAAAUAUACGUCUGUAAUAUUUCAUUCUAAUGUAUUAAACUUUGUCGGUAUUAAAUCAAGAAGAGAUCUUUUAUUACA